UAACAAUCAAAAGUUGCUUGCACUGACAGCAUCUGGUGUAACCGUCCCGCCACCGCGAGUGCCAAGCAUGGACGGACAAGCUGAAGAAGGAAAUCAGCAGAUGAUCAGACAGUGACGGUGGAAGAAGACACGGCAGCUUCUUUGUAUCCCACUUGCCAGGCAUAAGGCACGAAGUGUUUUGGAAACUGCGACUUAGACACUGUUUAUAUUUUCGAAAGGUGUGGUGUGGUGCAAAUCGGAGACAAGUCAUGUAUGACGGACCAUCCUACGACCACUCGGCACCUAGAGGUGCGAGCCAACCUGCUCGGCCAAAGAUGUCAGUAAACUAUCCCCCAAAUGAAAACUACCCUAACCUCAUGUAUGGUCAAAUGACCCAGCCAGCAGCCGGGCCCGGGCGGACGUAUUACAGUUCUGAAAUGCAAACUAUGCAAACCGACCGGAGGCCGUUACAGCAAAUCGAAAAUCCAUCUCUUAUCGGGAACGUCGCCCAGAGACACCAACAGAAAGUGGCCCAAACUUUACAUGGCUACUCUCAGCCGCAAAUGUGCCAACCGCUGGAGAGACAACUGUCAGGCGAACGGCCCUACAGUCAGGUCCUUAGCCCCAGCGAGUCCAUGGGGUAUCAGCAGCACGGUACAGGGUACUACGGUGGCCCCUCGAGCUACCCGAUGGACGUCUACUCGCAAGAGUCGCGUCCGCACUCACAAGCGUCCUAUGGGAGCGGGUCGGUUAUGCCCGUCAUGGACAGCCAGCGCCGGGGGUACGCUCCCGAGGUGGGGCACCCCGUCAUGUACUGCGAACAGCCGCCGGCCGCGUACUCCAACUUCACGCCCUCGUUCACCAGCUCUCCCACCAACUUGACGCCACCAGUGCAACGAUCUUAUGAUCGUCAGAACUCUUUCCGCGUGGAGCCCGUAUCAGUCGCAGUCGCUGAACAUCAGAGAGGUCCCCCUCAGACGCAACCACCAGCGUAUCAACAUCAACCUCCACCGGGUCAAGGGCCGCCAGGGCAGUGGGCGAGACCCACGGGUUUGGUUACUUUCGCCCAGCCCACCCCCACCACCCCUGUUCCACCACAAUGGCCGACGCCGAGCCGCUCUCCAGCACCGCACACCAGCUCUACCGGCCUCUCCGCCAACGCCAAGCCGUCGACGCCGUGCCCCAGCCCGCGGACUACAACGCCCGCCCUAGCCAAGGGAGCCCUCGCGACCGGCUCCUCAACCCCCUCGACCUCGGUGACCUCGGGUGGGUCGGAGCGAGGGGGGUUCCGCAGCAGGCAGGUGGCGGCCCCCGAGCGAGGGAUCCGCGUCCUCACCGGCAUGGUGGACAACAUCCUGACCUGGGGGAAGAAACUAGACGAGGGGGCUCGUUCUGAAAUACUUUUCGAGAUCGUAGGUUGCUUGGACUCGGUAGUGACCGGUCAGUGGCACAGCUCGCGCCUGGUCUGCCUCCGCAGCCUGGAAACCGCCAACACGCUGACGGCGGUCUUCUGGGAGAUCGACGCCCCUCUCUUCCCUCCGCCCAACGGAUCACUCGUCGCGUGCAUAUGCCGCCUUGGGGUCAAGUGGCCGCAGAAGCUGCCGGCGUCCCGUCGGAUGCCCCGCAUGCACAUGAUCAAGAUGAAGAUCGUGAGCCCGGGCCAGGUGGCCAACUACAAGCGCCUGGCCUACGUCAGCAGCCAGUCGGUGCAGCACGGCGCGCUCUCCCCCGCCCCGACGGACGCCGACAAGCAGCCCGCAGGCUCGACAUCGCCAGCGCCCCUCAAGCAGACCCUCAUCAGCUCCUACGGGGGCCAGCGCAAGCCCGGCACCUCGCCAAGCCCCCAGCAGCGCUAGUCCUGGGGCUGCUCUCAGCUCCACGGCCUCGCGUCGUGCGACAUGUGCGAGUGCU